UAAUUUUAAUUUCUGUUUUAUAAAGAAAUUAAGACAAAAAAACGUAGUACAAAGAAAGUAGUUAAUUUUGAGGUUAAUUUAGGAAUUUUUAAUAGCAAAUGAUUAAAGUAAUUAAUACAAAACUGGAUAAAUAGAAAUUUUAAAAGUAUAAAAUAGUUAUUAGCUCUUAGUGUUUUUAAAUAAUAUGAAUCGUUUGGAUGAUCCAUCUAAUUUCAUAAAAGGUCGCAAACCAACUUUUAUUGGAAUGAACGGUGGACCAGAAACAGAUGAACAGCAACGUGUGCGCUUCCAAGUGGAAUUAGAGUUUGUACAAUGUUUGGCUAACCCCAAUUACUUGAACUUCUUAGCACAACGUGGUUACUUUAAAGACUCGUCGUUCGUCAACUACCUGAAAUAUUUAUUGUACUGGAAGGAACCAGAGUACGCAAAAUACUUAAAGUAUCCCAUGUGCUUGUACUUUCUUGACCUACUCCAAUACGAACAUUUUAGACGCGAAGUAGUUAACUCACAGUGCACUAAAUUCAUUGAUGAUCAGCAAAUAUUACUCUGGCAACAUUAUACCCGUCGUCGUACAAGAUUACUGCAAACUUCCAGUGAACAAACUCAACAACAUGUCACCCAAAAUAAUGGAAUAGUUCAACCUAAAGUUCCUUGAUAAAUUAUUUAUAAAACUAUGCUAAAUGUUUAAUAAAAUAUUAUCAAAAAUUA